UUCAAACUAAACCAAUGCUUGCUCCAUCCUUUCUCUCUCUCUUCUCUUCUCAACAACCAUAAUUAAAAACAACCCUCAUUCAUUCAUUCAACGUCGAAUCCUUCUACCUCGGUUUUCGUGCUCCAUUUCUACUUUUCAUAAAACCCCAUUCCCUCUCUCUCUCUCUCUCUCUUACUAAUUUUUCAAGGACUCUCAGCAAAGCUCGAAGCUUUACAGCGUUUGAGAUCUGGGUUUUGUUGGGUGGAGCUUUGUUUUUGAGGAUUUUGCUUGUGCUAGUGGAUUUUCUUUCUGGGUUGCAGCAUUUUGUGUGUGUGUGUGUGUGUGUGAGAGAUCCGAAAAUGGGAAGCAAAUGGAAGAAAGCGAAGGUAGCUCUGGGUCUCAAUCUGUGCAUGUUCGUUCCCAGAACCUUAGACGACGAUUCUCCACCUGCCACGGUUGUUUCCGAGAGGUUGUCGGACGCUGCUCUGCUCUCGCCGGCGAACUGGGACACGGGUUCUUCCCGGUCAACCACGCCGGUGCCGUCUUUGCACGGUUUGAAGCUGUCCAAAAGUGCCAGCAAAUCCUCCAAGCAAACCUGCCCAAUAUGCUUAACCAAAAUGAAACAAGGAUCUGGCCAUGCUAUAUUCACUGCAGAAUGUUCACAUUCCUUCCAUUUCCACUGCAUUGCUUCAAAUGUGAAACAUGGAAACCAAAUAUGUCCAGUUUGCAGAGCAAAGUGGAAAGAAAUACCCUUAUCUGGCCCCAGUUUGGAUCCUAUCCCUGCCAGAGUUUCACCUAGUCCAGUAAACUGGCCCCAAAAUGAUGCUUUGAUGGCUGUGGUCCACCGCCUACCUCUACCUCUACCUCUACCUCAUCCUCGGAGAGAUUUGAAUAGGCGGCAUAUUGUGCCACUUUAUCAGGCUUCUGAGCCAGGCCUUUUUGAUGAUGAUGAAUCCUUGAAUCACCAACCCGCAGUUUCUGAGAGAAGCCCUUGCAAUAAGAGUACUGAAAAUACUGAUGCCGUUAAAGCAAUGGAGAUUAAAACGUACCCAGAAGUGUCUGCUGCUCCAGGGCCCAAUACUUAUUCUAACUUCACAGUUUUGGUUCAUCUCAAAGCUACUGCUGCUGCAGCCAAAGGACAAAACCUUGGUAGAAACCAGGCGAGCUUGACACCGAUUUCUCAGACUCCACGUGCUCCUGUUGACUUGGUCACAGUGCUUGAUGUCAGUGGUAGCAUGGCUGGAACUAAGCUUGCACUACUAAAAAGAGCUAUGGGAUUUGUUAUACAGAACCUAGGCACUAAUGACCGACUCUCUGUUAUUGCUUUCUCUUCCACAGCUCGCCGCCUCUUUCCGCUUUGUAAAAUGACUGAUUCUGGGAGGCAACUAGCAUUGCAAGCUGUCAAUUCUUUGGUUGCAAAUGGGGGUACAAAUAUUGCUGAAGGGCUGAGAAAAGGUGCUAAGAUAAUGGAAGACCGAAAAGAAAAGAAUCCUGUUGCCAGUAUAAUACUAUUAUCCGAUGGGCAAGAUAAUUACACUGUCAGUGGCUCUGAAACUCAACCAAAUUACCAGUUGCUUCUGCCCAUAUCCAUCAGUGGUCGUGAUAAUUCAGGAUUUCAAAUUCCGGUGCAUACUUUUGGAUUUGGGGCUGAUCAUGAUGCUUCAUCAAUGCACUCAAUUUCCGAGACUUCCGGUGGCACAUUUUCUUUCAUUGAGACUGAAGCUGUGUUACAGGAUGCAUUUGCACAAUGCAUUGGAGGACUUUUGAGUGUUGUUGUGCAGGAGCUGCAGGUGGAAAUUGAGUGUAUACACCCAAAUCUCAGUAUUGUUUCACUUAAAGCAGGAAGUUACCCAAGCCGUAUGGUGUCUGAUGGACGCAAAGGUUUUAUUGAUGUUGGAGACCUGUAUGCUGAUGAAGAGAGGGAUUUUCUAGUUUCAGUUAAUGUCCCAGCUACAUCUGGCAAUGAAACAUCAUUGAUAAAGGUCAAAUGUGUUUACAAGGAUCCGUUAACUCAGGAAACAGCAAUAUUGGAAAGUGAAGAAGUAAAGAUUGAGAGGCCUGAAAUAGCUGGGGAAGUUGUAAUGUCACUUGAAGUGGACAGACAGCGCAACAGGCUCCAAGCAGCCGAGGCAAUGGCCGAGGCACGUGUUGCAGCUGAACAAGGAGACCUAACGGGAGCAGUAUUAAUCCUUGAAAACUGUCGAAAGAUGCUUGCAGAGACUAUUUCGGCCAAAUCUCACGACCGGCUGUGUGUUGCAUUGGAUGCUGAACUCAAGGAAAUGCAAGAGAGGAUGGCGAGUAGGCAUGUGUAUGAAGCAUCUGGGAGAGCAUAUAUACUUUCAGGAUUGAGUUCACACUCAUGGCAAAGAGCAACAGCAAGAGGUGAUUCAACUGAUAGGUCAAGUCUUGUUCAGGCAUAUCAGACCCCAUCAAUGGCUGAGAUGCUAACUCGAUCUCAGGCCAUGUUACUAGGUAGUCCAUCAGGACAGAGGCUUCUCCAGCCACUGUUGUCAUUCAGAUCACAACCAAGCCCAAGGUAAUUAAUUUCAAAAGGGAUUUUGUGAAAAUCAUCUUCAAAGCAAGCCUUUCCAGUGAUUUUCCCUUUUUUGGGCAAGGGUGGUAAACGGGAGAGAUAAACAGAAGAUUUUCUUUGAGCUGUGAUUUUGUUGUUUAAUAUAUAUAUGUAUGUAUAAAUGAAUAAAAGUUGAGGAAAGGGUGGAAGGGUUAUAACCAAUGGAGAAAAGGGAAGUAGAUAGGAAUUUACUACUUUAUGUUUCUUCUAUUUUGGGGGGUUUAAGGUUUUUCUUUUUGUCUUCACUUUUCUUUCCUCUAAUCAUGUCGUUUUUGGGAGGGUGGUGUACAUAAAGAAGAAUCAAGAAUGGCCUUUUUUUUUCUGGGACACCUGGGUAUAAAGUUUGUAAUUGUGCAAAUGGUUGGGACG